CCAAAUUCGUCGCAUUAGAACCUCUUUUAUAUAUAAGUACGAUCAUCUGUUACGGCAAACUUAGUUUACAAGUGGUACAGUAACAGUGCUUUCUGCUCUCGACGAGUUAAACGUUCUCUACUUUUUUACCAAACCUACAGUUUCUUUUUCGUGAUUAAAGUGUUAAUGACAAUAAUCGUUACAUCAUUCUGAAAACUAAUUUCUUCACUUUCCGUGUAUCUUUUUCUUCAUUUACCAACAAAAGGAAGGAGGGCAAGGAAUAUAAACGUUCGAGAUUACCGAAAAUCUAUUCCUUUAACAAGGCAAUCGACGCAUAGUACUGCGAAUAAAAACAAUGGUGGAAACAUUUAUAGAAACAAGCAUUUCGAUCGCCUAAAUAUUUUGUGGAAAAUAAAAAUGACUAUACAAAAUUAUUCGAAACUUUUAGCACUCUUAAAAGAUUAUGCGAAUAAAGCAGGUUAUGACAAAAAUCUACAGAUUAAUUUUUUUAAAGAUUGGUUGGACAUUCUACAGAGAAUGACUUACACGCCAAUCAAUGCUUUGAAGAAGCAAUUGUCCGUGGAGGGUGGAAAUAUUGAGAAUCAUGGCGACGUAAAAAGUAUAGAAAAAUGUAAAGAUAAUGCAAAUAAAAGUCAAAAGAUAUCGACCGAAGAAGAUAUGCCAUCGAAUCGUUCUGUUAAAUGUCGUAAAACAUGUCAGCAAAUGGAUAAUGAUACCAAAAACGUCCAAAAAGUGGAGGUCAAAGAACAAUCGUAUACACUAUUGCAAAUUUUCGACAAUUUGAAAUUUAAAUUAGCUAGUCAGACUAGACCAGGUACCCUAAUAAUUCCACCGAAAUGGAAAGUAAAUGUUCAUAAUAGUAUAUCGAAGCACAGCAUUGUGUCUAGAACGCGGCACGUUUUAAAUAGUAUUGUAACAGCUGAAUCUAAUGCUUCGACAUGGAGGAGAAUAGAAGAUUUGUUAACUCACAUUGAUCAGUAUCCGGAAGCUAGACAUUACGCGAUCAAAGAAGGAGCGAUCAGAACGUUACUCAAGACUCGACGUAAAACUAGAGAUGAUCGAAUAAAAGCAUCUAUCAGGGAAGCGUUAACAGUGUUGGGCUACGUCGAUCCAUUGCCCGGACGUGGAAUUCGAAUUCUUUCUAUUGACGGCGGCGGUAUGCGCGGUGUAUUAGUUAUAGAGAUGUUGAAAAAGCUGGAAGAGCUGACGGGUAAAAAAACGCACGAAAUGUUCGAUUACAUAUGCGGCGUGAGUACGGGAGCAAUUCUAGCAGCUACUUUAGGUGGCCAUAGGAGGAAAUCGUUGAGUGAAAUUUCAGAAUUGUACAAAGAAUUAAGCAUUAAAGUUUUCACUCAGAGCACGAUAAAAGGUACCAGUAAUUUAGUAUGGAGUCACGCGUACUAUGACACAGCGCUCUGGGAGAAAUUAUUACAAGAGCACUUGGGUGAUAAAAUUCUAAUUAAGACUGCUCGUGAUCCGAAUACGCCAAAGUUUUCAGCUAUAUCUGCGAUUGUAAAUCAUGAGCGUGUGAUGGCUUAUGUGUUUCGAAAUUACACUUUGCCCCACAGAGUGGAAAGUCAAUACAUUGGGUCUCAUAAGCAUAAAUUAUGGGAAGCUAUAAGAGCAUCGGCGGCAGCGCCUAGUUAUUUCGAAGAAUUCAAAUACGGCGAAUUUCUGCACCAAGAUGGAGGUAUACUGGUGAAUAAUCCAUGUGCAGUUGCAUUACACGAAGCCAAACAAUUGUGGCCGAAUAAUCCGAUUCAGUGUGUAAUCUCUUUCGGGACUGGAAGAACGCCGAAUCGGAUGUGCGAAAGCAACAACGAAUCUAUGGAAAUCGCAAUUUCGAGUUGGAAAGAAAAAUUUUAUAAAAUUUUGGACAGUGCGACCGACACGGAAGCUGUACACACGAUGCUUAACGAUCUUCUUCCUGAACAUGUUUAUUAUCGUUUUAAUCCGUACUUGACGGAAAUGAUAUCGAUGGUGGAGAUACGACCAGAGAAAAUUACUCAAAUGGAGCAAGACGCGAAAAUGUAUAUACGUAGAAACGAAGAGAAAUUUCAGAAAGCGGCUGAAGCUCUCUUGCAAAAAAGACAAAUCCAGCAGAAGAUUAUGGAUUGGAUAGUAUUACAAAAACAAACUUCAGGUCUAUAAAUGCAUCCUGUUAUUAGUUAUUUGCAUUCCAUAACUUAAUGAUUGAAUAUCAAUGGUUAUGAAACCCUCAAGUACAAAUCAUGAUACAGCACUUUCCUUUUAUCGAUGGUAUUGAUCCAUUAAGGAUCAAUGAUCCUUACGAUUGAUACAUAUUUUUCUAAUAUAUUAUGUUUCGUUUACACAGUGAACAAUUCUGAAAAGAAUUCGUGCGUAAUCGUUAUUUGUAUAUAAUUAUGUGUGCUAAUAGACGAAUUAAUACUUUUUCGUAUCUGUGAUUUCGACAAAUUAUUUAUAAAUACAAAUAUAAAUGUAUAUAUAAAUAUAUCGAUGUAUAAAGUUAGUUAUAUAAACCCAUACAUCAGUAUUAAUGUAUGCACGGUAACAUUAUUUUCUCUCUCCGUUUCUCUGUCUCUGUCUCUAUUGACCGGAGAGAAAAACUGCCGAGCCGUCGAUAUGGUAACAUUAAAAACCUGUAUAUCGUUUUUUGAUCUUUCAACGUUGUCGCGAUCGUGCGGGCGGUGUUGUACUUUUGAAACCUGUAACGAGAUCAUCGUCGUCUAUGUAGAGUAUGCGAGUACUUGAAAUAAUAGUCACGGUGUUUUCGUAUUUAUUUUAUAACAGGCACGGGAACAAGUACCUAGCUGAGAUCGAAAUAAUAAUCGAGUCAUAUUUGUAAAAUGUUAAACGUAUUGUUAAGAUUCGAAACUCUUAUCUGCUGUUUUAUAUGUAUAGAAAAAUU